GUCGGACAUUGCAUCCAAUGGGAAGCUUCUAGACAAGCCGUAUUUUCCGGAGGGAUGCUUGUAUUGUCAGUUAAAUUUCGAAAUCAUAAUCAUCCCUAUCGUGGUGCGCUAUGGCCGGAGGACCCUACUUAUCGCCGUUGCCCGGCGACCUUUUAUCGGAGUACAUGUUUGGUAGACGUAGACAGAGAAGAAACCGAACGACUUUUACACCACAACAGCUCCAAGAACUUGAAAGUCUAUUCCAGAAAACCCACUACCCGGAUGUAUUUUUGAGAGAAGAAGUAGCUCUUCGGAUUAAUCUUUCCGAAGCCCGUGUACAGGUGUGGUUUCAGAACCGUAGAGCUAAAUGGCGUAAACAUGCUCGACUUCAAAUAAUUCAAGAUGCUUGGAGAAUCCGCUGUAUGGGUUUAAACACACAAACCCUUUUAUUAGGCCGUCAAGUACCCGAAGGAACAACUCGUUUAACUGAUGAAAAAGGAUCCCCGACAUCACCGCCUACCCAAUCGUCCGUCUCAUCACCUACCCAUGUGCCGGGAAGCUACAGAAUGCUUCAAAACUUUCAAGUAACAGAGAGAUCAACCUUAUCCGGACCGCCCACACAUGCAGCAACUACCAAGUUAUUCUGCCCAUAUUCUUCUACUGGAAAUGAUGUUUCGAAUAUACGAUUGGCUCAUCAUCAGGAAUCUAGAUCUGAUAUGAAUGGAAAUCUAUCAUUAAUGGUAGGUUCCGUUGAUUUAACAUGCUCAAAAUCUCGCUCGACCAGUCCAGAAGAAGAAAAUGACAUUAACGUUAACGAUUAAAUUGAUUUUUUCAUAAAAUAAUUACUUUGAAUAACAAAAUGAAAUAUUACUUUUAGUUACAAUUUUUAAG